AGACGUUUCUCUCUUUAUAGUUCUACUUUUAUUUAAUUUCUACUCCAUCUCGACGUGUUGCGAGACGGUUGAGGAGACUCGUCAAAAGGGAAGAUGAAGCCGAAGCUGCUCCCGCUGCUGGUCAGUUUGGUGGUCGCCGUCGGGGCUCGGCUCGCAGAGGGGACGGACGUCUGCGGCGGCACCGACGGCGGCACGCUGUCCGCCGUCCUGCGCCGGCCGGUCAACCGCAGCAGCGUCUCCUACGCCGUCAUGUUUGACGCCGGCAGUACGGGGACACGAAUCCACGUCUACGCUUUCCUUCACACCCGAGAAGACGGGCUGCCCGUGUUGGACAAGGAGACGUUCGGGUCAGUGAAACCCGGUUUGUCGGCGCACGUCCACUCCCCGGAGACGGCCGCGCGGUCGGUGGGGACGCUGCUGAAGGUGGCCGAGAGCGCGGUGCCCCGUCAUCGGUGGGCGAACACCCCCCUGAUGCUGAGAGCCACGGCGGGACUCCGCUUGAUGCCCCCCGACAAAGCCCAAGCGCUCCUACGUCAGGUUCAGCGCGUGUUUGACGAGUCGCCAUUUUUUGUGCCGGACAACAGCGUGGCCAUCUUGGACGGCGCAAGCGAAGGAAUCUUUGCGUGGAUAACGGUGAACUUCCUUUCUGGUCACCUUCACGCGCGCAACCAGCAGACGGCGGGAAUCUUGGAUUUGGGGGGAGCAUCCACGCAGAUUACCUUCCUGCCCGAACGCGCGGACUGCAGCGUUGAGAAAGCGGCGCCGGACCACCGCCUCGUCACGGUGGACGUGUUCGACUCCUCUUUUCAUUUGUACACUCACAGUUACCUUGGCAACGGACUGAUGUCUGCGCGACUCUCCACGCUGCGUUCUCAUAGUGCGUCAGGUCCAGUUUUCAAAAGUCCAUGUCUGCCCAAAAACUUCCAGGGCGAGUGGAGCUUCGGCGGGGAAACUUACCAAGUGAGCGGCGACCCAGAAGGUGCAUCCGGUUACAAGGCAUGUUAUGAGAACGUGUUGAAGACGGUCAACAGUAUCACUCGUCAAGCACUUCCUGGUCAUCUUGAAGCGGACCAGACUCUUUUCUACGCGUUCUCCUUCUACUUUGACCGCGCUGUGGACGCACACCUCAUCGACGAGAUCCACGGAGGGAUGCUGAGGGUCCGGGACUUCACGAGGAGCGCCGAGGAGGUGUGCGAGGAGACCAGCGAAGCGGUUUUUCCCGACAGUCCUUUCCUGUGUCUGGACUUGACGUACAUCAGCUGCCUGCUGACGGACGUCCUCGGCUUCGGGGACGACGCGCCGCUGCGGUUGAGCAAGAAAGUAAACGACGCGGAGGCAAGUUGGGCUCUGGGCGCCGCCUUGGAUUACUUUGAAAGCCUCCACGUCCACAUCGCAGGACGACGAUGAGGAGGCGCGUGUGACGUUGACGUUUGCGGAGCGCCACCACAUCUCCGUAGGGGGCGCCCUCUGUCGUCAUGGUGACCAGUUGGUGCGGAGGAGAGAGAACGCUCACAGAAUCCGCCGGACCUGAAGAGACCAUCGCCGGCGGAACUGUAAAUACUCAUGUCAAGGGCUUCUUUGACGCAAGCUCGCACAUUUUGAGAAAGUUCUCAAAAUGUAAGUACUCGUAGAUUAAAAAUAAAAACUUCCGU